CUUAGCCUGCAGUCAGUAUUUACAAGAUUUGUUAGUCUUUGCAAGGUUUUCAUAACCUAGCGAAAACAAUUUAACAAUAUUAGAUUGUGUUUUAUAAUGAUUUAGUGUAAGAAAUCAUCUUGGGAAAACUCAUUAUAUCCAUGAUUGUUCUAUUCAUAAACGAAAUGAACGAGUUGUUACGUUGGUAUUAGGCAUUGUAAAUUCACAAUCUAGGCUAGUUGUGUUAUUAAUCAAAACGUAGAAUAUAAUUUAAGCCUAAUACUAGUGAUCUGCUAGGUCUCUAAUAUUCUAUCUUGAGAAAAUGACAACGAAAUCGAAUCAAAGAGCAGCUCUCUUGCAACAACUGUGUCGAAUUUGUGGACGAGUAAAUAAAAACUGUGUUCCAGUGUUUGGUGAAAGUGGAAAAAAACAAAAUAUACAUAAAAAAAUGCAUUCAUGUCUACCUGUCAUAGUUGAAGAAACUGACACAUUGCCAAAACAAAUUUGCUUAACAUGUUUACCCAAGUUGGACGCCACAUGGGAGCUACAUCAGCUAUGUAAGGAGGGACAGCUGAGAAUAGAAAGGAAGCUACAUGCAGUAUCAAACCAUUAUGAAGAGGAAGAAAAUAGUUCCUAUAAAAUGAACUUAAUAGAAGAGAAAGUACGGUCGCUCUCAGAAAAUAGGCCAAUAAUAUUUGGUGAGUCUGCAAUAAUUUCUCUGGCACCACCCUCACCUCCACCUCCGCCCAAAGAGGCUCCAGUCGUUGCUUCUCCCUCUCCGGACACCAUGAUGGUUCUCCCGGAGCAGGUGAUGAUCGUGGAACAACCUCCAGUACCGUACCAGCCUGUGCCAGUCAAGGACACUGUGUACCCUGAGGGUCUCAUUCAGGUGAACCCUCCCAGGAGGGUAGCUCCCAAGAGACGGAUGCCUGCCCCCAAGAUUCUGCCACCACCCUCAUCCACCAAUACCAGAGGAACGUUGCCCCUGCCUUCACCACGUCGCCAGGCCCUCAGAGAGGGAGACUCGGCCAAUGUUCCUCAACCAAAAAAAUCUCUACAAAUGUGUAACUACUGUAACAAAUCAUUCCCAGAUGACAUCAUCGAUCACCACGUCAACCUCCAUUUGCGGCAAUCGUUCUUUACCUGCAUUGACUGUAACAAAAACUUCCGUUCAGAGGAGGCAAUGUCUCGUCAUCGCUGUGGUGCCAUCCAAGAGCCCAUCAACCUUGAUCCUGACUAGUCGUAAAUGUGUAGACAAUUUUAAUGUAUUUUAUUUUUAAGAAUCAAAAUUUUUAUUGUGUUUGUAUUAUAGGUGAACUUUACUUAAUUUUAUACAUUCUGUGUUUUAAAGGUCAGUGGUUUCCACUCACAUUGUAUUUAUUUAGUCUGAAGCUGAUUAAAAUCUGCUAAUACCAGGGCUCUAGGAGCACUAAUUGGGAAUCACUGAUAUUGAAGUAAGUUUUCAAAGUACAAAAUUAAUUUAGUUUUCUGUUGUUUUUUUAUUGUUAUUUCUUUUAUAUUUAUAAUACAUCUACAUUUACUUUAACAUUUUACUGUAGAUGAAUAAAAAUUUAUCUAAAUGCUA